GCUAGACAAGACCUUACGUCUGGUUUGAAUUAACGUUGGGGAGAUGGUGAGUGGCCUGACUUCAAUUUUAUGGGAAGUGCAAUGUUCCUACAUGCCAAAUGUAUGUAGCGUCCAACCUCUUCUUCUUUUGCCUCGCUCUGUUGCGUCCCUCUCUUCUUCCUUCUCUUCUCCCUCUCUCUCUCUCUCAUUUGGACGUUUACAAGGUAGGAGGUUGGUUGGCUUAGCGUCUGCAGCCUCUGCAACUAAAACAUAGGAAUGGCGAGCUUAAUCUUGCCUAGGGCGAGGGCAUCCCUUCCUCUCUUCCUCCUUGUUGGCCAUCUCAGCCGUCCGAUUUCUUCUCCUUCGCCUUCCCGCUCUGCUUCAAACCGUAGGUUCUCUUCAGGUCCAGUGCCGCCGCAGUUGAAGAAUGUCGGGUUUAUUGGAGUAGGGAAUAUGGGGUCUCAUAUGGCUAACAAUCUUAUUAAGGCUGGGUACACCCUCUCUGUACAUGACAUAUCAAUUUCUGUAAACAAUUCAGUAAGCAGCAGAUUUUGCUUUUGGUAUAGAGACUCUAAUGUACUGGAGAAGUUUUCAAAGAUGGGAAUCUGUACGGCCAAGACAUCUUAUGAAAUCAUAGAAUCUUCUGAUGUCGUGAUUACUAUGCUGCCAUCCACUUCCCAUGUUAUGGAUGUAUAUACUGGGCCAAAUGGUUUUCUUAAUGGUCAGAAUGCUUUGAGACCAUGGUUAUUCAUAGAUUCCUCCACUGUUGAUCCUCUAACCUCUCGAAGCAUUUCUGCAACUGUUUCGAAAUCUAUAUUGAAAGAAAAAAAAGGUCAUGGAGACCAUCCUGUCAUGUUGGAUGCUCCUGUAUCUGGAGGUGUGAAUGGUGCUGAAGCUGGAACUCUUACUUUCAUGGUUGGUGGUCCAGAAGAAGCUUAUCUGGCUGCACAACCUUUAUUUCUUUCGAUGGGUAAAGUUUCCAUCUAUUGCGGAGGAAGUGGAAAUGGUGUUGCAGCCAAAAUUUGCAAUAAUUUAGCAAUGGCAGUAAGCAUGGCAGGAGUCUCUGAAGCAUAUGCUCUCGGCCAGUCCCUUGGAAUUACUGCAAAAACAUUAGCAAAGAUAUUUAAUUCUUCAAGUGCCCGCUGCUGGAGCAGCAGUGACAGUUACAAUCCUGUUCCUGGUAUAAUGGAAGGGGUUCCUUCUUCGAGAAAUUAUGAAGGUGGAUUUUCGUGCAAGCUCAUGGCUAAGGACUUAGGCCUAGCUUCAGCAGCGGCACAAGAGGUUGGCUUUAGAUCUCCAUUAACCUCGCAACUAUAUGAGAUUUACAUGGAGACGUGUGGGAAGGGCCACUCAGGCAAGGAUUUUUCGUGCAUCUUUCGCCACCAUUAUGCUGGAAAGGAUGAGAAGUAGGAGAGCAUUCACAAAGAUUACACCAGGUUUCUGCAACACUUCAUUCAACUUAAGAAUUAUUAGUGUUAAUAGUAGGCUUUCCGAUGUGCAUUGUAAUUAUAUGCUGAAUGAUACCAUCUUCCUGUAUGCCUUCAUCCUAUCUCAUAAAUGCGUGCAAUGGCUAUUUAA